AAAUCCAAAAUGUUUUGUGGACUUUGAAUGUUGAUCCAUUAUAGUUCUUAAAUUUAUUUAUUUUAAAAUGUUUCCUCGAACAAUAAAUCGAAUAAUUACAAGAAAUGUAAGUACAGUAAGAAUAGUUGAAGUCGGUCCACGUGAUGGACUUCAAAAUGAGAAAAAAAUCCUUCCAACUGCAACUAAAAUAGAUUUUAUCAAUCGACUUUCAAAAACUGGAUUAAAAACAAUCGAAGCUACUAGUUUUGUAUCUGCAAAAUGGAUACCACAAAUGGGUGAUAAUGUUGAGGUGAUGAAAGGAAUCGACAGAGUUAAUGGAGUCACUUAUUCAGCUAUUGUUCCAAAUAUGAAGGGAUUUCAGGAUGCUGUAGACACGAAAACAACAGAAAUCGCUGUUGGUGGUUCCGCAUCAGAAGCUUUUACAAAGAAAAAUUUUAACUGCACAAUAGCUGAAGGUGUCGAUCGUGUAAAGGAAAUAAUGAAAGCGGCAAAAGACAAUAAUAUGAAGGUACGAGGAUAUGUGUCAACAGUCAUUGCAUGCCCUUAUGAAGGAAAAGUCAAGCCAUCAUCCGUUGCGAAAAUUAGUGAAAUGCUUUUGGAUGUGGGAUGUUAUGAGAUAUCUUUGGGUGAUACAAUCGGAGUUGGAACCACAGAAUCUAUAAAAGAGAUGUUAAACGAAGUCUUAAAAGUUGCACCUGUUGAAAAGUUUGCGAUUCAUUACCACGAUACUUAUGGACAAGCACUUUCAAACAUACUAACGUCUUUAGAUUUUGGAAUAUCGAUCGUUGAUGCCUCAGUUUCUGGAUUAGGAGGUUGUCCAUAUGCGAGAGGAGCUUCUGGAAAUGCAGCAACUGAAGAUGUCGUUUAUAUGCUUGAAGGUUGUGGUGUAAAGACAGGCAUUGACUUAAACUUACUUAUUGAAACAGGUAAAUUCAUUUGCGAGGAACUUGAUAGACCAUCUGAGUCAAAAGUCAAUCGUGCAACAAGAAAAUGUCAACCUAAAAAUUUAAGUUCAAUUAGAAUAGUUGAAGUUGGUCCACGUGACGGGCUUCAAAAUGAAGCAAAAAUUGUCCCUGCAUCAGUUAAAAUAGAAUUAAUAAACCGACUUUCAAAGACUGGAUUAAAAAGUAUUGAAGCAACAAGUUUCGUAUCUGCAAAGUGGGUACCUCAAAUGGGAGAUAACACUGAAGUUCUUCAAAGAAUUGAAAAAGUUGAUGGGGUGUCAUAUCCAGUUUUAACACCAAACUUAAAAGGUUUUGAAUCAGCUCUUGCUGCUGGUGCAAAAGAAGUAGCCGUUUUUGGUGCUGCAUCGGAAUCAUUUACAAAGAAAAAUGUAAACUGCUCAAUUGCUGAAAGCCUUGAAAGAUUUCAAUCUGUUUUGGAUGCAGCAAAAGCAAAUAACAUAAAAGUCAGGGGAUAUGUUUCAACAGUUGUAGGAUGUCCAUAUGAAGGAAAAAUCAAUCCAUCGGCUGUAGCGAAAGUGUGUGAAAAGUUAUUGACUAUGGGUUGCUAUGAAAUAUCACUAGGGGAUACAAUCGGUGUUGGAACUCCUGGAACAAUAAAGGAUAUGCUUUUGGAAGUUCUUAAAGUUGCACCUGUUGAUAAAUUCGCUGUUCAUUGUCAUGAUACUUAUGGACAAGCACUGCCUAAUAUAUUAACUUCCCUGGAUAUUGGAAUAACGGUCGUUGAUUCUUCAGUUUCUGGAUUAGGCGGUUGUCCAUAUGCAAGAGGAGCUUCAGGUAAUGCAGCUACAGAGGAUGUCGUUUACAUGCUUGAGGGAUGUGGUGCCAAAACAGGAAUUAACUUAGAUCUUCUCAUUGAUACUGGUAAAUUUAUUUCCGAGGAACUUGGCAGACCAUCAGAAUCCAAAGUUAGCCGUGCAACCAGAAAGAUCAAACCAAAAUUGUAA